GUAUUAUGACAACUUCACCCAGUGCACAGAACGUGAAGCCAACAAUGCGAGUUGCUUCUGGCCAAACCCUCUCGCAGAGGGCUUUAUCACUGGAAUUCAUAAACAGUUCUUUUCAAACUGUACUUCAGAAAAAGUUCACUGGGAAGAUCCACCAGAUGAAAUUCUCAUAACUCUGAUCUUGAUCCCAGUCAUGUUGACAUGUGCCAUGAUAACAUUGGUAGUAUGGUGCAGCAAGAGAAGUGAUAUCCUGGUGUAA